AUCCCCGUCCUUUUUGUAUCGAUCGUUCCAACCCCAAUAAAAAGGCAGACCGCAAAGCGGAAGCCGGUAGCAUCCAAUCCACACUCAAAUUGAUCCACUUCACUUGCGACAAUCUCCGAUCGCGUUAGAACACAGAGAUCCAUCCAAUUCCUAACUGCCUUGGGAUUUCAUCUUCCACUAUCGAUCGUCUUUUGUUUUCUCAUCAAUGAGUUGCGCUCAAGGAGAGAGAUGGUUGCCCCAAAUUUGCGCCUUCCUGUCCCAGAUCAUGGCCGGCGAUGGCCGAUCAUCUCAGUCUACUAUUCAUCUUAGCAUCUCGAGCAAGGACUCACUCCCAUUUCAGCCCCAGCCGCCAUUCACUGCAACAGCAUCCUCCACUGGCGGCCGGAUAAGCCCCGCCGUCCUCUUCACCGUCAUCGUCGUCGCUCUUAUCUUGCUGGUAUCGGGCGUCGUCCAUGUCCUCCUCAGGUGCUUCAUCAAAAAGCCCCUUUUCUCCUCUUCUGCUUCCGUCACCACCGCGUCCGCCUCCCCCCACCUCCACCCGGUCGGCUCCGGCUCGCUCCAGAGACAGCUGCGCCAGCUUUUCCGCCUCCAUGACUCCGGCCUCGACCAGACCUUCAUCGACACGCUGCCUCUCUUCCUCUACCGGGAGAUCCUCGGCUCCAAGGAGCCCUUCGACUGCGCCGUCUGCCUCUGCGAGUUCGAAGCCGACCACAAGCUCCGGCUUUUGCCGAUCUGCGGCCACGCCUUCCACCUCACCUGCAUUGACACAUGGCUGCUCUCCAACUCCACUUGCCCGCUCUGCCGGGGGGCAAUAUUCUCCCAAGGGCUCAGCGUCGCGAACCCAAUGUUUGAUCUUGACGACUCUAGAGAGUCGGAAGAGGAGAUUGGCUCAGAGAAGAGAAUGCUCCCUGUGAGGCUUGGGAAGUUCAAGAACUUAAGCAACGAUGACAAUGUUAGCAAUCUCAGCGAUGGUAGUGAUAUUGAAGUUGGCAGUAAUUCUAGAAAACAUAUAGGGGAAACUAGUAUUAGCAAUUUGGAUGCAAGGAGGUGCUUCUCCAUGGGCUACUACCAGUAUGUGCUUGCUGAUUCCAAUCUCCAAGUGGUUCUUGCUACUAAUGAGGGGAGGAGGUUGGGAUUGGGAAGCAAGGAUGAGAGCUUUUCUGUGUCAAAGAUUUGGCAGUGGUCCGAUAAGAAGGGCAAGUUACCAGUUUGGUCAGAUGCUGCAUCUUUAGAGGGUUUUUUUGCCAUGGACUGAAUCAACAGUGGAAGUUGUAUGAAAAUUUCGCUGCAUUAGAUUUGAAACUACAAGCAUGAUUUUGAAAUGGUGGAAUCUAGCAAGUGGUGUCUGACGCAAGUUCUUUGUUGCAACUAUGGUGUUAACUUAACCACUUGAUGACUGUGCUUUUGCUCCUAUAUUCGUCUCAACAUAUUGGUAAGCUUAUUCUGAGUAAGGCUCAGUUAAACUGGUGGUUCACAUACCUAAG